GCACCCCCCCUGCCCGGGACAGCCUCUCCCACCGUGGUGUUCAACUCAGGGCUUGCAGCUGUGAAAAUCAAGAAGCCGAUCAAGACCAAGUUCCGCAUGCCGGUGUUCAACUGGGUCGCCCUCAAACCCAACCAGAUCAAUGGGACGGUCUUCAAUGAAAUAGAUGACGAAAGGAUCCUGGAGGAUUUAAAUGUGGAUGAAUUUGAAGAAAUAUUCAAAACAAAAGCCCAAGGUCCAGCCAUUGAUCUUACUUCAAGCAAGCAAAAGAUAACUCAGAAAGGGUCAAACAAAGUCACGUUACUGGAUGCCAACAGGGCAAAAAAUCUUGCCAUUACUUUAAGAAAAGCUGGAAAGACGGCAGAUGAAAUAUGCAAAGCUAUUCACGUGUUUGACCUGAAAACGUUGCCGGUGGAUUUUGUUGAAUGCCUCAUGCGGUUCCUCCCCACGGAGAACGAAGUGAAAGUGCUGCGGCUCUACGAGCGGGAAAGGAAACCCAUCGAGAACCUGUCUGACGAAGACCGGUUCAUGAUGCAGUUCAGCAAGAUUGAGAGGCUGAUGCAGAAGAUGACCAUCAUGGCGUUUAUAGGCAACUUUGCAGAAAGCAUCCAGAUGCUGACCCCGCAACUUCACGCAAUAAUAGCUGCAUCUGUCUCAAUAAAGUCAUCCCAAAAGCUUAAGAAAAUACUGGAGAUAAUCUUGGCUCUUGGAAACUACAUGAACAGCAGUAAACGAGGAGCCGUGUAUGGAUUUAAGCUACAGAGUUUAGACCUGCUCCUAGAAACAAAGUCAACAGACCGAAAGCAGACCCUGCUGCACUAUAUUUCAAAUGUGGUCAAGGAGAAGUACCAGCACGUAUCCCUCUUUUACAACGAACUUCAUUACGUAGAGAAGGCUGCUGCAGUGUCUCUUGAAAACGUCCUCUUGGACGUGAAGGAGCUGCAGAGGGGCCUGGAUCUGACGAAGCGUGAGUACACCAUGCAUGACCACAACACGAUGCUGAAGGAGUUCAUUCAGAACAACGAAGGGAAGCUGAAGAAACUGCAGGAUGACGCCAAAAUAGCCCAGGAUGCCUUUGAUGAUGCUGUGAAGUACUUUGGGGAGAAUCCCAAGACGACACCCCCCUCGGUCUUUUUCCCAGUGUUUGUCCGGUUUGUGAAGGCCUACAAGCAAGCAGAAGAGGAAAAUGAGCUGAGGAAAAAGCAGGAACAGGCCUUGAUGGAAAAACUUAUGGAGCAAGAAGCAUUGAUGGAGCAACAGGACCAAAAGUCUCCUUCACAUAAAACAAAGAGACAGCAGCAAGAGCUGAUUGCAGAGCUCAGACGGCGGCAAGUCAAGGAUAACAGGCAUGUGUACGAAGGGAAGGAUGGUGCUAUUGAAGAUAUUAUAACAGAUCUUAGAAACCAGCCAUACCGACGGGCCGACGCGGUGAGGAGAAGCGUCCGGCGGCGCUUUGAUGAUCAGAACUUGCGCUCUGCAAACGGUGCUGAAAUAACCAUGUGA